CAUUGUUUGUCUAAUUGUCCCUUGCUAAUUUAAAGGCUAUUUCGCUGUGUAUCUGAGUUACGAAACACGCGUGUGUUUAAAAAUGUGUCCAGUAGCAGGUCAAACUGUUUGCUUUAAAGUUUGCUCCUAAGACUGUCUUAAUUUGAGGUUAAUUUCAUUUCUUAUUGUUGUCUAUUGGUUUCGUGUAAUUGCAUUGUGAGUGCUUUCUUGGUUUUCGAUUCGCUUUUUGUUCUCCUUUUCAACCCCCUUCACUUACGCUACAAUGUAUGCUUCCCUAGCACACAAAGUACCUUAUUGCUAGACGCCAAACAACACAGUGCAUUUUAUCCCAAUUCCCAUUAUCAAUACUUUUAGGACCCAAGAUUAUAUUUUAUGUUUCUUAUUUCUCACGUCAACAAAGCUGUAUAUUCUGAUUCUCCUUUGACUGUUCAUUAUUUAUAUGUAUGUAUGGCAUUUUCAUCAAAACGUAUCUGUUCACGUUUCUACAUUGUUUCUCACUGUCUAACCACUGUUAUCCAAUUGAUCGUGAUUCCGUUUGAAUUUUAAUUAUUUCGCACUUCCAAGGCAAAUCCGCUAGAAAUUUUUCUCUGAAGUACGUUUUCUUAAACUUGUUCCAAGUUAAAAGCCAACCUUGAAUGAAGUUGGAAUUAGCAUCAAAUAAAAAAAAUGCAGGACCCAGAACAAAUCCACCCAAAUCUGAUGUAAACAAAACAAUUACAAUAGAUUUAUGUGGUUGGAGUGAACAGAAUGCGUUUCAUUCAGUACAUUAUGAACCUGCCUGUCGAACAACUGGUUCUAAUAUUGUGGGGGGUGUAGGAUGUGGAAAAUCAGAACGACUUCCUUACCAAAAGCCAACAAGAAUGUGUAAACAGUACACAUUUUAUCAUUACGAUGAUCCGCAUGCUUACAUACUUCAAUAUAGACGAGAUUGUACAUUGUGUUAUAAUUUGAAAGAUAAUAACCAAAACAAGGGACCAGUGGAAGAAUUCAAUAAAUCAACAGUUGUUGAAAUGGAUGAUAUACAAAAUUGCAGUCAUUCAGAGAAGUCCGAUAGCAGUCAGAUAAACAAUGAAAGUCCAUCUGAACACUCGUAUCUUAAAUCAACGUGUACUACAGCAACAGACAAUUGUCAACCACAGUCGUCUGAAAUAAAAGUGAAACCUACCAAGUCAACAUUAACUGAUAAUACUACUACUGCUACUACUACCACUACUAAUACUAAUGCUACUACAUCUGGGAAUCGCCAUAUAUGGGUGAAUAAUUGUCCUACUGGUCCAGGUCGUAAUAAUCCCAUUAAUAAAUUUUCUAAUGCAGAUAUCAGCAAUAAACAUGUGAAUCAAAUGAAACAAAGAUUAACUAAAAAACAGUCAAACAUUACAACAGUAAUGCCGCGAGAAGGCAGUGAGUAGGACUUUCGUGAUUAUGGCUGCAUCAGUGUGGCCAUGUGGGAGCAUUUGGAGAAAAAGAGCUGACUCUCUCCACUCUCUACCAUACCAAAGCACUCGGAGGCAUAAAUGCAUAACAGUUAAUUGUUAACUUGAGGUAAAUACCAAUUUACUUCAUAAAACAGAUAUGUCCCAGUAAUGUUAAACAGUAAACUGGAUUACCCUUGAUCAUUUCAGCUGGUCAAUAUAUAAGAAGGUGAAUAUAAGUUACACUUUGAUAACUCUAAUAUUCAAUCAAGACGUCUUGAAUUCAAACAGAAAUAAUCUCCUGAUGAUUAGUACUAACUAUCACCAAAUCUCAUCAGAAUAUAAGCCAUGAUAGUAAAGAAGAUAAUGCAUAUUAUCAAUUCCAAGUGAUAAUUUUAGUUCAGUAAUUGGUAAACAGGAAGUGAUAAGCUCUUUGGUAACAGUUCCUUUCAUUAUAUAUUCUGAGUAAGUAUCAAAUGAAAAACUUGUUGUGACAGGCGUAGUCCGAAUAACUGAUACUGACUCCCCACCACCAUCAAAUGACUACUGAGACGAGAACACAAGAGUAAGGAAGAAGUUAUAUUGGGCUACCGAAUAAAAUGCACAAAUACUCUUUUAUAUAUAUACCACUUUAACCCUUAAGAAAUUGAUCCAUUUUUUAGCCAAUGAAGUGCACCUAUCCUUCAGAUCACUCCUGGUUGUCAUCGAUUGACCCUCUCAUUAGGUUAAUUUUGAUUAGCUCACUAAAUCACAACUAUUAAAAAUCCUUAUAUCUUAGAAACAGCUUUCAACCGUUCCUAAGACUACGCUCAAGAAAGAGGGUUUUUAAUAAAAAUCCUAUCCUCUCAUCAUAAAAGACAACUCAGUCGUUAUAUAUCUUCAAAGAAUACUAUCUUCUACAAUGCAGUUGUCCCUAUGGGAUCUAACUGGCCUUAUGAAGUAAAUUAUAAUGGUAGAUGCUCUUGGAAUUUGCAUAGUCGUGCUCACGAUCAUCACCCUGUGCAGUGAAUCAAAGGUGUCGUUAAAACUAACAGUUCUAUUCUAUACAGACAAGUUAUUACAAACGGAUCAUACAGCUAGUGUGAACCAGUCAUUUCCAAUGAUUAUUAUCGUGUUCAUAAUUAUCUGCCUAAAUCUGACUAUUUCACUCAUCGAACAUUAUGAUUAUUAAUCUCGCAGUUUCAAUUAACUUAAACUUAUUCAGGUUAACCGUAUACAUUAGUCAUUUCAUCAAUAAUACUGUUCGUAGUUCAAAUCACAAACAGAUGUGGUGUGUGUGUUUCGUCUUAUUUGGGGCUCGUC